UGAUUGAUUAUCGAUAAUAUUUUUCAACGUAGCUUACAGCAACACUAGUAUUGUCAAAUGAUAACAAUUCAUUUUCAUUUUAUUAUCAAUUAUCAGGACUUAUACCAUUAAGUUUUCGGUAGUGAAAGUAGUUUAAUAGUGUUAGUAAUUAAGAAUAAAAAAUAUGAAGUCUCUUAAUAGAGCAAUAAGUUUGUGUACAUAUUUACCGAAGAAUUCGAGGGUGAUCAGCACGUCAAGUGUCCACAAUAAUACGGAAGAUGGAUGGCUAAAGAAACUUCUGGUUCGAAGGAUAGAGCCUACUAAAGAGUCACAUAGCCGCAUGCUUAGCGACAAAGAAAUAAUUUACGCACUACAUACGCAUAAUAUUAGGCCGGAUUCCGUCGACAAAUACUUAAAAAACUACAAAAACUCGGUGGACUUUGUGCAUUCCCGCAAACCGGAACUUGGUUGUGAACUUGUUGGAUCAUGGACAGUGUCAGUCGGAGACAUGGACCAGGCUCUUCACUUGUGGCGUUACGUUGGUGGCUUUGAAAAGAUUGAUAAAGCCAAAAUAUUGUUCAGAGAAAAUCCUGACUAUGCAGCACUUGAGAAGGAACGCGGCAACUUUGUGCGUUCACGACAUUUGCAAUAUCUACUCGCAUUCAGUUUUUGGCCAAAUGGAGAGCCUCGAGAGCCCAAUAAUAUAUAUGAGAUAAGAUCGUACAGUCUCAAGCCAGGAACGAUGAUCGAGUGGGGUAAUAAUUGGGCGCGCGGUCUCACGUAUCGUCGUGCGCAGAACGAAGCGUUCGCCGGAUAUUUCUCGCAGAUUGGGCGCCUUUACAACGUGCAUCAUAUUUGGUGUUACAAGAAUCUGCAAGCGCGCCGCGAGACUCGCGAGAGCACUUGGCGCAACCCCGGCUGGGACGAGUGCGUCGCGUACACGGUGCCCCUCAUCAGGGAGAUGCACUGCCGUAUACUCGAACCCACCGAGUUCUCACCCACGCAGUAAUAAUCAUCAAAUAACAAUGUAUGCAUAAAAACUUUAUAGACAUCGGAGGUGGAGCGUCACGGUUUCAUUCUUUUGGCAAUGUCAACAUGGC